UUGUCACGCCGCCAUAUUGUGGUUACUGACAGCUGUCAUUUUACUCGUCGGCAUAUUUUCGUUUUCUCAUCACAUUCUAACAAUUCAACGAUCAUGAGACCUUUGCAUCUUUCCGAUUCUCGUCGGAGGUCCGGUGGGCGAUUGUCUGGAUCGAUUCAGUCUGCCAAGGAUGUGGCCAAGAUUCCUUGUGUGAUCGAGAUGCCAGAACAAACAGUCAUUGUUGCUGGGUCUCCCGUGACUCUGCCCAAGGUUGUGGGCAAGAAGACCCGACGGGGCAAGAAAGGGGGACGGAGACACAGAAAAAAGAUGCAGGAGAAGCUGUUCCUGGAGACGCUGGUGCAUGAGCGAGUCCGGGACAUCAGGCUAGGCGUGGAAGCCAACCUGGUCACGCUGAACAGACUCCUCAAUGUGAAUACACACAGCACCAGGUAGCUCUGCCCUAUGGAUACAGCCCAACCUACAUCAGCGAAAAUGGAUGUCACCAAACUGGUUGCGGAUAUGCCAGUGACAGCCAUGCAUAUGCUCUGAAUGGAUACGGCAUUGACAACUAUGGAUAUGCUCAGA